AUUGAUCCCCACCACCAGAAGGAGCAGAAAUACAGCAAGCAUCAAGCAGCAGAACUAUGACCAGCAAUUUAUCCCAGCCUGAUGUGGUGCAGCUUUGCUAUGAGACUGUGAACGGAUCUUGUAUUAAAUCUCCCUACUUGCCUGGAUCCCGGGUGAUUCUGUACACAGCCUUUGGCUCCGCAUCUGUGCUCACUGUAUUUGGAAACCUCCUGGUGAUGAUUUCAGUCCUGCAUUUCAAGCAGCUGCACACUCCAACAAACUUUUUGAUCGCUUCUUUGGCCUGUGCUGACUUUUUAGCAGGUGUGACUGUGAUGCCAUUCAGCAUGGUCAGAUCUGCGGAGAGCUGCUGGUACUUUGGAGCCCAAUUUUGUGCCUUUCACAGAUGCUGUGAUGUGGCAUUCUGCUACUCUUCUCUCUUACACUUGUGCUUCAUCUCCAUCGACAGAUACAUUGCUGUUACUGACCCUCUGGUCUAUCCUACCAAGUUCAUGGUGUCUGUGUCGGGAAUAUGCAUCACCCUGUCCUGGAUCCUGCCAAUUGUGUACAGCGGCGCCGUAUUCUACACAGGUGUGAAUGAUGAUGGGAUGGAGGAACUCGUAAGUGCCCUCAACUGCAGAGGUGGUUGUCAAAUUGCUGUAAAUCAAGACUGGGUUUUGGUAGAUUUUCUGUUAUUCUUCAUACCUACUCUUGUUAUGAUAAUUCUUUACAGUAAGAUUUUUCUUAUAGCCAAACAGCAAGCUAUAAAAAUUGAAACUACUAAUAGUAAAGCAGAAUCAUCAUCAGAAAGUUACAAAGCCAGAGUUGCCAAGACAGAGAGAAAAGCAGCUAAAACCCUGGGGGUCACAGUGGUCGCAUUUAUGAUUUCAUGGUUGCCAUAUACAAUUGAUUCAUUAAUUGAUGCUUUUAUGGGCUUCAUAACCCCUGCCUACAUUUAUGAGGUUUGCUGCUGGGGUACGUAUUAUAAUUCAGCCAUGAAUCCUUUGAUUUAUGCUUUAUUUUAUCCUUGGUUUAGGAAAGCUAUAAAACUUAUUUUAAGUGAGGAAGUAUUAAAGAGUAGUUCAUCAACUGUUAGUUUAUUUUCAGAAUAGGUGU